CACCACGUCUGUCCAAUAAAGAGGGGGCGUUUUUGUCACGCAUGUCGUCGUUUAUGGUAUUUACAUAACAAAAAGCUGCACUAGCUACCUGAUGAGGAAAAGCGAAUGACAAGUUAAACUCUUUAAAAAGACAUAAAGACGGUUGGAACCAUGGGCAAGUCACACUCACACUUGGCCAAGCAGAAAGAUGAGGAUCCCCUCACGGCUACUCAGGAGUACACAGACACUUCUAAUGAUGAGGAUGGAAAAAAUGGAGAUGUAUCUCAAUUCCCCUAUGUUGAAUUCACUGGCAGAGACAGUGUCACAUGCCCCACAUGCCAGGGCACUGGUAGAAUCCCACGAGGCCAAGAGAAUCAGCUUGUGGCUUUGAUUCCAUACAGUGACCAAAGGCUAAGGCCAAGAAGAACAAAACUCUAUGUCAGUGUUUCCGUGUCCGUUUGCCUACUGCUGUCUGGUCUGGCAGUGUUCUUCCUUUUCCCUCGCUCUAUUGAUGUCUCCUACGUGGGGGUGAAGUCUGCUUUUGUUUCCUAUGACCAGGACAGGCGGAUCGUCUAUCUCAACAUCACAAACACUCUGAACAUCACCAAUAACAACUACUAUGCUGUAUCACUGACCAACAUUACAGCUCAAGUGCAGUUCUCUAAGACAGUCAUUGGAAAGGCUAAAAUUAGCAAUGUUACAACCAUAAUACCACUGGAUCAGAAACAGAUUGACUACAUGGUCCCGACCAUCAUUGCUGAUGAGAUGAGUUAUAUGUUCGACUACUGCACUUUGCAGACCAUAAAAGUGCACAACAUUGUUGUAAUGAUGCAGGUGACUGUGACCACAACCUACUUUGGGCACGCCGAGCAGGUAUCCCAAGAAAUGUACCAGUAUGUGGACUGUGGGGGUAACACCACCUCAUUGCACGGACAUGUGCAGGUUUACCAGUAGAUUAGCAGGUUCCAGGCAUAUUAGCUAUAGUUAUCCCACUGUCUGAAGAACAUGGAGUUCCUUUCGGCUGACUUUUUACUGAAAGUGUGGAAAAUCGUAUCUCAUUGUCAGCUGACAGUUAAAUAAGACGGCUUUGUCACUGUAAAGUUGCAUUGAUACACCUUGUUGAUGUUCUCUCCCAUGUAGACAGUCCUCAAAGAUUUUACAAAAGAAUGUCCACAGGCAUUUAAGAAAUAUGCACUUUAACCAGGUAUGGGAAAUACAAUAAUCUGUGAGGGAUAAGGCAACACGUUUUUGUUAUACGACUGCGAGAAGGCUACCACUAACCAUCCAAUACUAUGGAAUACCUGAGUUGACUAAUAGAAAACAUUUGUUAGUGUGCUUGCUGUAAGCAAAAGGUUUGCACACUUAUAUAAUUCAGUCCAGUCUUUGAACCAGUCAAGCUGUUGUCACCAACAAAACAUUAUUUAGUCUGUUUACAGUCACUACAGUGUAUUCAAAUUUCUCUACAUUCCAACUGGUAAUGGAUUUACCUUAGGUCUGCAUUAGCAUAUUCACAUCAAAACUGCAAAAGGACCGUACUUUUAAAAGCGUCUUAAAUGCCUAUGUUGAUACCAUUUCUACUAUUUUAAUUUUCAACUGAUUGACUGACUCCUUUCAGCAAGCACACAUAUUUGUCUUCUUUAGUUUUGCAUUGAUUAUGAGCACCACUAACUUUCCCUUACCAUUUUUGAUUGCCUUUUACCCCAUUCCUUCUACUCAAGUCUCAUGUUUCCUUAAGUUGUUCAGUACAUUAAACAUACUCCAGGGUUUCAGUGAGAUACAUUUUAAAUUUGAUAUAAUUUGACGUUUUGGAAGGUGAUGUAAUAUAUACAUGCUAAGAUUGUCUGUUUUUAAAUCAAGAUUAUAUAACCAAUAACUGUAAUGUGUGUUAAAUGAUGUAAAUUAAAACAAUUGUAAACCCAAAUUGUUUGAUAAGUGAAUAUCACAUGUUUUAUGGAUGUUAAAUUUGAGGAGUGUGCUAAGGAAAUGAGAACAGUUAUCUCUUAUCAGUUUGGAAUGUGUGAGUUAUUGCAGUGCGAUAAAAUACAUAAUAUUUUGUUUGUUUCUGUGAUAUGUCUUUAAAAAUCAAUUUUGCAUGUACAAAUACUUCAUCUUAAUAGAUAUUUCACAAGUUUAAUAUCUGAUUAUUAUCCUGGUGAUGUCACGCACGCACAGUUUGUUGCAUAUUUUGAUGAAUUUUGAAGUGACAUGAUGUAUUGACUAUUGAACUUUGAUGGUAAAUUGUGUUGGCAUCCAAUAAUACAACUUGCAUCUGCCUAAUGUGCCAUAUCUGAUACCCAGUUGGUGUAAAUGUUGACAUUGUCCAUGUAAACCACUGCCAAACACCCAUACACUGUAGCAGACAGGCAAUUAUGUAUUUGUAUUUCAUAAGAGCGAAAAUAAAAAUAGUAUUUUCCCCCA